ACAGUGUAAGUCGUGGCUAACGAGAUCGCUGAAAGCAUCUACUGCAUCUCCACCAGCGACCUGACAACCAUCUUCGACCUGACCAACAUGAAAGUUCUCGUUAUCGCUGUUUUGGUGGCGGUAGCAUCUGGAGGGUAUGCUAGAAGAGUGAGGACAUUUGGAAGACGUGACAGUCCCGUUAGGUACGGAGCAGGACAAACCUUCAAAGAUGUAGUAGAGCUCUUGGAGGAGUUGACUCGAGUCAAACAGGACCUGUACGAGGGCUUGGGUUCCUACGGAACUAAUCUGAGGGUCAGCGAACAAAAGAUUAACCGCAUUUACCAGCGCGACAUCCCAAGCAUCGUCCUCUCCAAUAAACAGCAGGACGGGCUCAUCACUCUGGCCAAUGGGGAGAUCGACGACCUGUUAGCACAAGUCCGUUCCGCGCAAGACACAGCUGCGGCGACCCUGGUGACAGCAACUGAAACCUCCAACAUCACGGAGGUCCUGGAGCAACAAGUAUACGGCAUCGCCUCCUGGAAUGCAGAGCAAAGAGCCACCAUCGACGGCAUCAACAUAACGGAGGUUACACAAGUCUUGCUGCAAGAGCUGAAGGACAGCAUCUAUCGUCUGAGGACAACCCUGGCUGGCCUGGAAACCAGGACAAACACCGUUGAUGUCUUCGUGCAAAGCAGACGAUGCGAGACCGGCUCUGUCCAGGUGUUUUUUGAAUACGACAAAGACGAAGUAACAGUCCCCCAGACCUUCCUGUCAGCGUUUGACGAGAACCCAGAAGUCACCAUUUCUCUGGACGGCUUCGCCGACAGUAUCGAUGACAAAGGCGAGUAUCAGAAAAAUAGGUACGACAACGAUGGCAAAAACAACUACGACAACAACUACGGCAAAAACAACUACAAGGAUGGCAAAAUCAACUACGACAACAACUACGGCAAAAACAACUACGACAACAACUACGGCAAAAACAACUACGACAACAACUACGGCAAAAACAACUUCGACAAGGAUGGCAAAAUCAAGAACGACGUCCGAUACAACGAGAAAGAUGAGCUGGGCAUCCGGGUGUCGGCGGAGCAGAUAACCACCAGUGGAUUCAACGCUCGCUUUAAAGGUUUCAGCGAAGGUCGUUUCGAGAACAGAGUAGCCACUGCCCGCUGGACGGCCUGCCAGAACCUCAGCGUACGUCCACCUAGGAACGCUUAGUUUCAUUGAAUUAAUCGUUCUUUGUGGAUUCCCUCCGAGCUUUGGACACUGGCCUGAUAUAUAUAUACUUAGUAUGUAGUGAAAUUACAAUAACGCCACGACUUCUUGAUUUUGGAAAAAUAAAUCAAGAACUAAAAAGCAAAAGAUGCUAGUCGGUGGCUGUAUCUUAAAGGAUUGCGGUGUGUGCGCAUUUUGUACAUAGACUGAAGAACGUAUUUAUUCGCAUUUCUCUCGCUGUACAGGCAGUACUAUUAUUCUUGAACAUCGUCCUGUAAGACGGUGCUUUCAUUCAAGUGUAAAUCACGAUGUCCAAUAUGUCUUCGCCUAUUAUGCUGUCAAUUGUUUCUGAUUUGUCCAAGAGAUGCAAAAGGUGUAAAUAAAAACAUGAGCUGAUGCCUU